AUGUUGGCUUUCGUUGGUGGCGUGGACUUGGAGGAGGCAAGCGCGAUGGAGGUCCUGUGGCAGAUUGUCAUCCACAAAGGCAGUGCUCACGCAGAUCAAACUCUUGGUACGAGCAAACCCACACCUCCAGUCAAGGCGGCCGCCAUCACGGCUUGGAGUUUGCUGCUUUCUACGUUGAGCUCCAAGAGAGUCAUGGCCCUCCAGCUCCCGAGUGUGUUGGGAGCUCUGUCCUGUUUGCUCGAGGAUCCAGAUGUAGGUGUUCGCAAGGCUGCCGGGGAAGCCAUUGCUCUUCUCUUCGAAGUUGGCGGCAUCCACCUGUUGGAGGAGCAAGCUCUUGGCGAAGGUGGAGCAACGGCAAUGGAGCUGCAGGUGGUGGAUCAGAUGAAAGCGCUGGCUGCCUCUUCCAGCCGGAAGGGCCAGACGAAGAAAGAAAGAUCCGAGCAGAGGAGCAGCUUCAGGGACAUGGUGGCGACUCUCCAAGGUGGUGCGUGUCAUGAGACUUGUGUCAAGCUCAAGCACGGUGACUCGCUCAAGAUCAGUACGUGGAGCCAAACCGUGCAGCUCAAUGCCUUCCGAAGCCUCCUGGGCGAAGGCUUUCAGAGGCACUUGCAGGAAAACGAUCUCCUGCACCAAGUGUUCAACUUUGCUCCAAGCAACACUGUGGUUUACAAGGGGACGGCAAAACAGCAAAAGCAUCAGAACUGCAUGGCGAGUAAAAUGAAGACCCAACUCAUGAACCAGAGAAGGUGUGCGCUUGAGGCCACUCGAAAGUUUAACGACGGUAGCAUUGAAAUAUGCUAG